CGUACAGACACGAUAAGCAUCAUCUCGUAUUGAGGUUUCAGCGGUACCGAAUCGAUUUUCAUAAUGCCAGCCUACAGGUGGAUAAGCCGUACCGGUAAUCAAUCGCUGCCAGAAAACGCGGUCGCCGGAGGCCGCGAUUCUGAUGGAUGCACGAUUUACGUUGGCAGAGCCUUCCACAAUGGCGACAUGGUGCCAGCGAAAGUGAUUCCUGAUAAAAAUGUCGCUUAUAUUUGUCAUAACGGCGAGGAACAUCCUAAAGAUCAUUUCGAAAUCCUUUGCCAAGGCGAAUUUGCAUGGGAAUUCUCUAGUAAUGGUGAUGUACCAGCGGAUGCAAUAAUCGCUGGUCAAACAGCGGACGGAGAACCUUUAUACAUUGGCCGUGUCCUCCAUAACGGAUCUCAAACGAUUGGCAAGGUACAACAAAGUCACGGAUGCCUGUACAUUCCAUUCGAUGGCGAAGAGUUGUCGUUCAAAGAUUACGAAGUACUUGUCAUGCACUAAUUAAAGAUGCUCGAUUGUAAUAUAUAUUUUAUGUAUACGGUUAAAUUAUCAGUCAAGCAACAACAUCUCUAAACAUACUGCUGAAGAAAUUAUUAUGCGAAUAAUAGCGCAUUUUUAAACAUUUGUACAAAUUUAUUAAAGAGAUGAUUAUAAACAAGACGAUUAUCAAUAUAUAUCGAAAUUUCAAAUUGUUUUUAAAAAAAACAGCAAUUAAAUAUCGAGAUAACAUUAA